UUCAGAAUGUUUGUUUUGUUUUUGUGAUGUAGCAUGAUGAUGGUGAUUAACAGAUGUUGAAUACGAUGGAAAAGAAUUCAUUUAAAUGUUUGUUAUUGACAAGUUUAUAUGACUGCAUUUUCUGUGUGAUAUGCUCUUUUCUUUGAGAACUAUUACAAUUAUUGUAUUUGUUAUUUACUGUGUUUUAACUUGUUAUACUGGUUAUUUACUUUUGAAGAAUACUAAUCAUGUUAAAGACGGUGUUCAAUAUACGCACAGAAAGCUGUCAUUGCCAGAUGAUGGAGAGGAUUGGAAUCCAUGGGGUGAGGAAUUUGAGAGGGAGAAAAGUUUCUAUAUGGUCGAGAAGGCCUCUCCAAUUAAGGUGCUGACAAAUCAGUCUUUGGAUGUAAACAAACAGUUUUCCAAAAAUAUAAAAAAUGAUGCAAGUCAACCAUUUGAGUCUACAUAUCAUGUUGAAAUUUGGGGAAAAGCUGCCAUUGGAUUGUACCUUUGGGAACAUAUUCUUGGAGGCAAACUUGAAAGCAAAAUGGAUGGCAUAUGGAAUUAUGGCUUUAAAAAAAUUGAAAAUUUCAAAUUGAAAUUUCGGACAGGUCCUGGGGUCAUUACAACUAAAGCUCCAAAUGAUGUGCAAAAUUUAAUUCUAGUACUGAAUGGUCGGAGUGAUGACAAAGUUUCUUUUGCCAAGAUGUGGCUGGAUUUUUUACCUCAAUUUCGCAAUCUGCGUUUUGUUUUAUUAAUUAUACUAGGAAAUGAGCAGUGCCAUAAUGAAUGGUUGGUUCCUUACAUGUCAAAAUCAGGAGGCUUAGUGAAUACGACAUUUGUUGUUUAUGACAGUCCUCUGGUGGAUAAUGUUCAUUUUUAUCAAUGGCCUCUCGGAGUUGCUACGUAUAGAGGAUUUCCUAAAGUGGAUCCUAAGAAAUUGGAUCUGGAGAAUUCCCGUCCUUAUGUGUGCAAUUUUUUAGGUUCUAUUUACCCUCAUUCAUCCCGAGAAAAGUUGUUGAAUGUGAUUCAGAGUAAUAAUCUGACACAGUUUUGUUUCAUCAAAGCAAGAUAUGAAUGGCAGCCAAAGGAAACUAAACAAACAUUAAGUGCGUAUAUUCAGAGUCUACAUCUAAGUGAUUUGACGUUGAGUCCAGUUGGAAUGAAUACUGAAUGUUAUCGCAUCUACGAAGCAAUGGCGUUUGGAUCGGUGCCUGUCGUUGAAGAUGUUAUGACACCCGGGAUUUGUGGCGAUUCUAAGGCAUUAUCAGCACCAGCUCCGCUGAGAUUACUCAAAUCUUUUAAUGCACCAGUAAUUUAUAUAAAAAAUUGGGCUCAAUUACCAGAUCUUAUAUCUCAAGAAUUGCGGAUGCCACUUGAAGAUAAAAUCAAGAGACGAGUUAAAAUUGUUCAAUGGUAUGAAAAUUUUAAAAUCCAUCUUCGUGAAAACUUGUUAUCAGUUUUAAAAACAAACAUUCUUAGAAGAGAGAGAUGAUUGUAAUACAUACAUUAGUCAUUUUUAUACUUUUAAAUGUUUUUCUAACUCACAUUUUUUUUUAUUUUAAUAAUUAUAUUAUCUGGUAUAUUGUCCCUGUGUCAUAAGUUUGAUAAAUUAUAAUUAUAUAUACAAAUAUAUAUCACUUUAUUAUUACAGAGGAAGUAGUUUCCUGAUGAUGUUUGUUUUGAAAAUAAAUUUAUUUUUAUAUA